AUGUCAGACACCUAUAAUUUUCCCGUUGACUCAGUCCUUAUCAUUGGUGGUACUGGGUUUCUCGGUCUACAUCUAAUUGAGAAAUUUUAUCAUAUGGGUGAUGAUUAUCCAGAAGCACAAGGUUUACAUCCAAAUAUUUACGUCUUUGACAUAAGACCACUACCAGAAAAAAUCAGCAGUCAGUUUGAUUUUGACCCUAAAGAUAUUAAGGUUAUUCAAGGUGAUUUAACUAGUAAAACAGAUCUUGAAAAGGCUAUAAAUGAGGUAAAACCAAAUGUCGUGGUCCAUGCUGCAUCACCAAUACAUGGUGCCUCAGCAGAUAUUUACGAAAAAGUUAAUGUGCAAGGUACAAGAAAUAUCAUUGAGGUGUGCAGCAAAAAUACAUUGGUUUCUGCCCUUGUGUACACUUCUAGUGCUGGUGUAGCAUUUAAUGGUAACGAUUUACAUAACGCAGAUGAAACUUGGCCUAUUCCAAAACCUGCUAUGGAUGCAUAUAAUGAGACAAAAGCCAUUGCAGAACAAAUGGUAUUAGAUGUAAAUGAUCCCUCAAAUAAAUUUUACACUAUAAGUUUAAGACCAGCAGGUAUUUUUGGUCCUGGCGAUAGACAGUUAGUUCCUGGUCUUAGAACAGUAGCAAGAUUAGGCCAGGAUAAAUUUCAAUUAGGUGAUAAUAAUAAUCUAUUUGAUUGGACAUAUGCUGGUAAUGUUGCCGAUGCACAUGUAUUAGCCACCCUAGCUUUAAGAGACGUUGAAAGAGCAUCUAAAGUUAUGGGUGAAACUUUUUUCAUUACUAAUGACUCUCCUUCGUAUUUUUGGUCAUUAGCUAGAACUGUAUGGAAACAAGAUAAUCACCCAGUUGACGAGAGACGAGUCAUUGUUUUGAAUAAGCCAUUGGCAAUGGUAUUGGCGUACUGUUCCAAAUGGGUUUCUAGUCUUUUAGGAAAGGAACCUGGUUUAACCCCAUUUAGAGUUCGUAUUGUCUGUGCCACUAGAUAUCACAAUAUCACAAAAGCAAAGACUUUGCUUGGCUACAAACCCCGUGUAGGUAUCGAGGAAGGCAUUAAUCGUACACUUCAGUGGAUGGAUGAAACUGAAACAACAGCUUAG